AUGAAGGUCUCCGCAGUGCUUCUGUACCUGCUGCUCACAGCCGCCACCUUCAGCCCCCAGGUGCUCGCCCAGCCAGACGGGAUUAAUAUCUCAACCACCUGCUGCUAUAGAUUUACCACUAAGAAGAUCCCUAUCCGGAAGCUGAAGAGCUACAGAAGAAUCACCAGCAGCUAUUGUCCCCGGGAAGCUGUGAUCUUCAAGACCAAACUGGCCAAGAAGGUCUGUGCUGACCCCAAGCAGAAGUGGGUCCAGGAUCUCGUGGAGUACCUGGAAAAGAAAACCCAAACCCAAAGCU